CCUACUUUUGCUUAUUCUACCUUCGCAAACAGCACAGGCAUAUUAGAGGUCAUCAUGAAAGCGGUCACCACUCAUCGAUUUCUGCCCACACGUGUACUGAGCCUUCUUCUCGGAAGACCGCUUGGGCUUGGGGCACAAGUCAAGGAUGUUUCUGUCCCAAGCAUCACUGAUAAUGAGGUUUUGGUUAAAGUACGGGCCGUUGCCUUGAAUCCGAUCGAUUUCAAAAACAUCGAUUUCUUUGCCCCCCGGAAUUCUGCAAUCGGCUGUGACUAUGCAGGCGAGGUGGUUAAGGUCGGAAAAAAAUCGGGACAGCGCUGGAAGGUUGGAGAUAAAAUUGCAGGCUUCGUUCACGGUGGCCUGUAUCCCGAUGUUGGCUCAUUCGCAGAGCACCUUAAAGUUGACGGAGACCUGGCCUGGAAGGUGCCUGAGGCAAUGAACUUGGGCGUAGCAAGCACCUACGGAGUUCCCGCAGCCACCGCGAUGCUGAGCCUUACGUACCUCGACAUUUCUUGGGAAGAUAUUGAGAACGGACGCACAUUCGAAGAUGAUCAACCAACCAUUUUCAUUUAUUCGGGAGGAUCGAACGUUGGUCUCUUUGCCAUCCAACUAGCGAAGAGAGCAGGAUACAAGGUAGUGGCAACGGCCUCGCCCCGUUCCUUCGACCUUGUGAAGCAAUACGGUGCAGAUGCAGUAUACGACUACCGGUCCUCUUCAUCCAUUGGCGAAAUCAAGAAGGCGUAUCCAAACAUCCUGAGAGCUCUGGACUGCUUCUCUGAAGGGAAUUCGGCCGCCUUUUGUGCUGAUGUACUACGAGAGGGCAAAGUGGUCACGCUCCUUGACCAAGGAAAACCGAAGAAGCCAACCGUGUCCUACAGAUUCCUUAUGGUUUUCACUGUAUUCGGUCGAGAGUUUCAGUUGCUGGCGCCUGUCGGCCCCGUGUUCCCGGUGAUACCGUCAGAUCGUGAGGUCAUCAGCAGGUUCUAUGCUAGUUUAUCAACCAUGAGCAUCGACAUUAUCAGAUGUCCACCCACUACAACAAUCAAGGGCGGAUUAAGGGACAUCUUAGACGGUCUCGAACUUCUUCGAAAAGGAGAAGGUCGAGGUACAAAGCUUGUUGUAGAGUUUGAUGAGUUCCAAUGACUGAAGUAAUGGAUCUCUCAAUUCCGU